CGUGCAAGCAUGCACCUUCUUUUCCUAUAAAUACCUCUCUAAUGGUCUAUGAAACAACACAUAUAGAAACUUAACAUUAUUAUUGCGUUAUUAUGGCUGGGAUUGUUGUGGUUUUUGAUUUCGACUCAACAAUCAUUGAGUGUGAUAGUGAUAAUUGGGUGCUUGAUGAGACUGGUUUUACUGAAAAAUUCUAUGAGCUUCUUCCCACCACGCUUUGGAACCCUCUCAUGGAUAGGAUGAUGGGUGAGCUUCAUUCAGAAGGUAAAACAAUUGAAGAAAUUGUAGAAAUUUUGAAGCGAACUCCAUUGAAUCCCCGCAUUGUGCAUGCUAUUGAGGCAGCUUAUUCCCUUGGAUGUGAUUUGAAGAUUGUGAGUGAUGCAAAUAUGUUCUUUAUUGAGACAAUUCUAAAGCAUCAUGGAGUGAGGAAUUGUUUCUCAGAGAUCAUUGCAAACCCUAGCUAUGUUAAUGAAGAAGGGAGGCUCAGAAUUUCACCUUUCCAUGAUUAUAUGAAAUCUUCUCAUGGAUGCAGUCUUUGUCCACCAAACAUGUGCAAGGGAGUGAUCAUAGAAAGGAUCCAAAAUUUGCUUUCAACAGAAGGAAAGAAGAAAUUCAUCUACCUUGGAGAUGGAAAUGGAGAUUUUUGCCCUAGUUUGAAGCUCAAAGAAAGUGACUAUUUGAUGCCAAGAAAAGACUUUCCUUUAAGUGAUUUAGUCUCCAAAGAUUCCAACAAGAUUAAGGCAGAGGUUCAUGGAUGGAAAGAUGGGGAAGAGCUUGAAAAUGUUUUGGUUCAUAUUAUCAACAAAGAAAUUGAAGGGAACAAAAUUAAUAACAAUUCUACUCCGAAAAUCUCAAUUGAUUGCAAGUUGGGAUCAAUUCCAAUAAUGGACACUACUACUUAUCAACCUUUGCCUAAGGCACUGCCAGUUCGUCAUUAAGUUAAAUUAGAUACAUAUUUACAUAGUUGCUAAAAUAAUUAAGAAGAUGAAGGGUGCUAAUUAAAUUGAUAUCAAAUAAUGAUAUUGUUAUCUAAUUUCUUCAUCUUGUGGUAAUAUUAUUAUUACUUCUUAGAAAAUGUAUGAAGCGGCAUUAUAUUGCUAGCUCUUGAUCUUUACGAUCAUAAACUAUAAUUACCAUUAAUAAAAUCAUAAUUGAAUUUGCUGCUUGUCAUU